AUGGAGUUUGCGUCCUACGUAGAGAUUCAGGCGACACGCAGCAAGGUGCUCAAUUUGAGUCGACGAGUCCUGACGCCUGUAGAGGUGACCUGUCGAAAUCUGCAGAAGACCUUCAACACCAAGAAGUCGGUGGAGCUGACCAUUAGCGAUUUAGUGUGCAUUGCCGUGAUAACCCUUCUGGCGGCUCUGAUCGUCGAUGUCGUCUAUGCACUGGUCACAAGGCGAUCGCAGAAAUCAAACGUGGGAAGCGGUUUCUUAAGUGACGCCAACGAACCGCCAAAUCUUGGGAUUGUGGUCGCGAGGUUUAUGACGCAACUGACUUGGCCAACAUCCGUGUUCGAGGCGAUCAGGCAUUCUGAAAUGUACGGACUCCCAGGCUGUAUGUACGUGUCUUCGAACGGCGUUCUCGUCUACACCAUUUUCACUCUGAUACUGUUGGAGUUCAGGACAAAGGCUCCCGGUGCCCAGACGUUGGCACAAUUCGUGAGAGUUCGUUUUGGGACGGUGUGCCACAUCCUCACCGUCAUCUUCACCAUCUUUACGAGCACCUUCGAGCUCAUCGUUGACGUCAGCGUUGGAUCAACAACUCUUAACGCGGUGUGCAGAACCGCGGGCAAAACAGCCAUCAUCUCUUUUGUCUUCAUUUUGGUUGGCGCCUUCCUCCUGAUGACGUGGCGCAAAAGCUAUGGCGUGUUCCUCUACUUAAUGAUGUCAGCUCUAGUCGUUAUCACCUCCAUUCUCCUGCUACUCGUGCUAAACGCCUCCAGCUAUUACCCGCUGGUUCGCAUCGUUCGUGUGGUGCUGGACCAGUCGCUGUGGGAGCUGGCCAUCAGCCUGCCUCCGAACCACAGCAUCAUCGGUCUGCUGCUGGCCACCCUCCUGGCCUUCUCCAUCCCCGCCGCACUCAGCAUCGCCUGUGGUCUGGGCUUUCUCGCCCUCGAGUCUGCCUUCUUCAACGAAGUGCUUCUCACAAGCACGCAGAAGUUGUCCGGUCUGACCAUUUUCGCGGUUCCAAUACACCUGCUGGAGAGACAAGGCGCGUACCUCGUCUUCUUUGUGGUCCUCAUUCUCCUGGUCACUUCCUCCAUUUACAAUAUCAGUGGAGCCGCGACAAUUUUCUAUCAUGACAUCCUGGAGACUUACAUUAGGCCCUUCAAAAAACACGCGAGCGAACACACCUGCCUUCUGUGCGGGAAGCCACGUGGUCACCUGGCUAGUCGACGAAACAUUUGUCGCUGCCGCAGCAUGCUCGAGUGUUCAAACUGCCAAAUGGACACUUGGAUAAGAGAACAGUGCAAGAGCAGACCGUCUUCGACGCUGCUCUACGGAUGCCGAACUCACGGUGCCUACAGGGCCUACAAGGACGAAAUGUCGUACAGUGUGCUUCGCAUCACGUUCACGGUCAUGGCGGGAAUGAUUCCAAUUUUCAUCAUGCUGUACAAAGUAGAGCUCGUAAAUUUUAUCUACUUUGGUAUAUGCACCCCGUUCAUUGGCUGCCUCUGUCUGACCAUGAUUUGGGCUCGCCUCACAAAUCAUGCCUUCCUGAUUGGCUACACCGUCAGCACAUUGAUCUCCUUGGCGCUAUGGCUGCUGCUUGAUAACUUCACGUCGCUCGAAAUGAUGAAAAUUCAGCUCAUUGCUCUGACGGUAGCCUUUGCCGGCGGCUUCAUCGUCCCUAUAGUGAUAACUCUGGCUACCACUAAAACACCUUCGCAGGAAGUGACACUCGCCGUGUGGAGAUCCGUUCAACAAAUCGAUAAUCCGCUCAUUCCAUGGCCUGAACUCUUCACCAGACAAACAGAUCUGCGUUUUUCGCCGCGUCUCAGCGAGACCAAACCAGCGCCAUCAGAGGUGCGCAGAGCCCUGUCCGGCCUCCGUCGACUCGCCUACGUCAUCGUCAUCUUCAAUUUUGCUAUUUUUCUUGGCGUCUGGCAUGUUUUCAUGUAUGUGUCCAAAUCCUUCGAGUUUGACGAAUUCUUCUAUUUUGUGCGAUCAGUUGAGCUUUGGACGUACCUGGCAGCUGGUUUGUGCAUUCUAACACCGAUCAUCCGGUUAAUUAGCAGUCAAAUGGCCAACUUUAAGCAGUUGCUUCGGAGCACUCCGCGGAUAGUUAGACAGUGGCUUCUGCGGAUGCGUCGAAGGGCAGGGCCGAACCAGUAG